AUGGCCAUCUUCACCUCGCCCACCGCAUUCCACUCGCUCAAGGGCCUGCAAGCCCGUUACCUGUUGCCUGAUGGGCACUCGCCGCAGCUGGUCGCUGGCUUUGGCGCCCACUCCAGCCAUCCCAGCUUUUUCCAUCUCAUCCUGCUGGUCUUCGAGGCCGUGCUGGAGGUGAUCUGUGUCAGUUUACCAGGAUACAUCGCUGCAAGACAGGGCAUGUUCGAUGCCGACGCCCAGAAGCUCGUCGCCAACUUGAACGUCACCCUCUUUACGCCAUGUCUAGUCUUUACGAAGCUAGCCUCGCAGCUCACUGCAGAGAAGCUCACAGACCUCGCCAUUAUUCCCAUCAUUUUCAUUGUCACGACCGGCAUCUCCUACCUCUGUUCCUCCAUCGUCUCGCGACUAUUUCGCUUAAAAAAACGACAGACUAAUUUCGUCACAGCCAUGGCGGUGUUUGGUAACUCGAACUCCCUCCCCAUAUCCCUCGUCAUGUCUCUGUCGCAAACCCUUCAGGGCCUACACUGGAAGCGUGUUCCCAACGACAAUGACGAUGAAGUUGCUGCGCGGGGUAUUUUAUAUCUACUUAUCUUCCAACAAUUGGGACAAUUGGUUCGAUGGAGCUGGGGUUAUCAUGUCUUAUUGGCUCCGAAGGAACGAUAUGUCGAGGAGGGCGAUGCACAUUCAAUCAGAAGUGGUCAACAACACUAUACGGACAAUCCACUACAGACAGACCCAGACGAGCCCUUAGUCCGGACCAGAUCGUCGAUUGAAAACGGACUCACGGUGACGGCAUCUCACUCGACCUAUUUCGAAUCUGGUUCCCAGACUCCAGUCAACGACGGUGCCUUGUCCUAUACCAAGCUCUCAGGCUUGGGUGGUAAACGCUCGGGCCCUCAGAGCGAUGAAGACCGUGAUGCUGAGGACGAUAGCGAUGCCGAUAACUCAGAUGCAGACGCUCCUUUAUCCAUCAUCGGACCGCCACCCAAUGGGCCAUUCCUCCCUCGUCAAAAUUCCACUGGUAACAUCCUCACUUUCCCUGAUAUAGAAGUUCGACGAGGUGACGGGCCGGCAGCGACUGGUGUGAAGGGAGUCUAUUACCGAUAUAAGCGAUCUAUGGGCAAAUGGUAUGCAGGUUUUUCAAAGUCCCUCGAUAACAGGAGGAACAAAAUCUACGAGUCGCUUCCAUCUUCACUUCAAACGGGACUCACAAAGUCGGCCUCCUGGACCGGGAUCUUCUUCCGCGGACUAUGGGACUUCAUGAACCCACCCUUGUGGGCCAUGCUUGCCGCAAUCAUCGUCGCCUCCAUCCCGUCUCUGCAACACCUUUUCUUCGACGAGGGCACUUUUGUCCGCAACUCCAUCACCCGCGCCAUUGAUCAAAACGGCCAAGUCGCCGUACCACUGAUCCUGGUUGUUCUCGGUGCCAACCUGGCCCGCAACACUCUCCCAGAAGAAGCCAAGGACGAUGACUGCGAUGCAAAAGGGGAGCGCAACCUGAUCAUCGCCUCCCUCAUAGCGCGAAUGCUACUACCAACACUUAUCAUGGCCCCUUUGCUAGCCUUGCUCGCCAAGUACGCUCCAAUCAGUAUCCUCGACGACCCGAUCUUCAUCAUCGUCUGCUUUCUACUCGCAGGCGCACCGUCGGCUCUUCAACUAGCUCAGAUCUGCCAGAUCAACAACGUGUUUAUGGGAGCCAUGUCCAAGCUACUGUUCCAAAGCUACGUUGUCUGGAUCCUCCCCUCCACUUUGAUUCUCGUAAUGUGUGCCCUCGAAGUUGUUGAAUGGGCUACGGCUAUAAAUACCUAA